AUGGGUCUUUUAGCGUUAGGGACGGCCUUGGAUUGGCCAGAUGCGAAAAAGGCCGCGAAUCAGGUUCGGGAAUGGGGUAUCGAGCAAUUGCUCGCAAUAUGGCGCAAGGCCAAGGGUAAAGAGCGUGAUGCCCUUCUUUGGGGGGACGAGGUCGAGUACCUCGUUGUCGCGAUCGAUGAAGAACAUCAAAAGGUUCGGUUGUCGCUGUGCCAGGCCGAUGUUCUUAAAUCUUUAGCGGGAGACGAGACGUUGUUGAAGAAAGAUGUCGUCGUCCCUGAUUUACAAGAUGGUGUCGCUCGAAGCGGUGCCCUUCCGACAUUCCAUCCCGAGUUCGGUCGCUUUAUGCUCGAAGCUACCCCAGGGAAACCAUGGGGUAUCGAUUUCAAGGAUUUGCUCGACGUUGAGCCGGACAUGAGGCUUCGGCGCGAAAUCGCCAAAAACCACAUGGACGCUGAUGAAUUCCCGAUCACCUUAACGACCUUUCCACGUCUCGGACUGCCCGACUCUAUCAAGCCGGAUUACCCUCCCUCCGGCCCUGCCCUUCGAUCACAAUUCGUCCCGGACGAGAUUGCUAACCCUCACAUUCGCUUCCCAACGUUGGCUGCCAACAUUCGAUCAAGAAGGGGCAGAAAAGUGGAACUCAACGUUCCCGUUUUCAAGGAUAAGAAUACCCCGUCUCCCUUCAGCGACCCAACGGUCAACUAUGACCUGCACAAAUGGCCCGAAGACGACGACGUCCGUAACGGCGCUGUCAAGCCUAACUGUGUCUACAUGGAUGCCAUGGCUUUUGGUAUGGGCAGCUGCUGCUUACAGAUUACGUUUCAAGCCAAGAAUAUCCGUGAAGGACGCACCCUUUACGACCAGCUUUCUCCGCUGGGUCCAAUCAUGUUGGCGCUGACUGCCGCCACGCCGAUAUACAAAGGUUUCCUGGUGGACACGGAUGUUCGGUGGAAUCAAAUCUCCCGUGCAGUCGACGACCGCACCGCAGAAGAACUCGGCGAAGUACCCCUAAAAAAUGAUCGGUGGCGGAUACCGAAAUCCCGAUAUGCCAGCAAUAGCACAUACAUCGCGCAGGAUCCCCGUCUACGGCCUGAAUACAUGGACCCUGACUUGGUCAUCAACGAAGAACUUAAACAGAAACUCCUGGAUGGCGGAAUGGACGACCUUCUUGCCACGCAUUUUGCGCACCUCUUCAUCCGCGACCCUAUUGUAAUUUUCUCCGAAGAUUUGAAGCAGCUUGACCCGGAAGGCUCGAACCAUUUCGAGAACAUCCAGAGCACGAACUGGCAGCACAUGCGGUUCAAACCGCCACCGCCAGAUGCGGAUAUUGGCUGGCGUGUGGAAUUCCGGAGCAUGGAGAUUCAGAUCACAGAUUUUGAGAAUGCAGCUUUUGCCAUAUUCAUCGUCCUUGUCACCCGUGCUAUUCUAAGCUUCGACCUCAACUUGUACAUCCCGAUUGCUCGAGUGACGGAGAAUAUGGAGACGGCGCACCUGCGGGAUGCGGUCAUGAAGGAGAAAUUCUGGUUCCGAAAGGAUCCAUUUCCCAAGAAGAGCCCGAGGCAGUCGCCGGUGUUGAACGGGAUCAGCGAGCCCGCGUCAAGCGGGGAAUCAACGCCUUCACAGCUGCAGCAGGAUCUGACACACCUGUCAGGCCAUACGCCAGCCUCGGCAGAGACCAUCAAGUCAUCAUUUGGCCCUGUCGAGGACGAGUAUACGCUCAUGACGAUCAACGAGGUCAUUAACGGUGGCGGCGGUGCGUGUGACGGGUUUCCUGGACUGAUCCCUCUGGUUGAGUCCUAUUUGGACAGCGUCAACAUCGACGUCGACACGCGCUGCCACCUGGCCGUGUAUCUGGAUUUGAUCCGCAAGCGAGCCAACGGAACGCUGUGGACGGCCGCCAAAUGGAUUCGCGAAUUCACCCGCAGCCACCCAGCGUACAAGGGUGACAGCGCCGUCGACGAGAAGAUUGUCUACGACCUGUUUGCGGCGGUGCGCGACAUUGAAGAGAGCCAGGAGAUGGGCAACCGGCGGAAGAAGGGUCGGGGGAAGUUUGCCACUGGCUGGGAGAUGUUGUCUGCGAAAGAGCGGGCCAAAGGGUUGGACGAUUGA